ACUCAUCUCGGCUCCGUCUUCACGCUUAUCCGCUUAUCCGCUUGUUUCGUCAUCAGUCAUCGUUCAUUGUCCGUGUGAUUGGGUGAAUCGGGGACGAGAAAGAUUGAAUUUCUUUAUGUGGUACAGGUGCAUAUAAGAAAGCAUACGAAACAUGUGGCUCAUGGUCAUUUAGUGGCAGGGCAUGUUUCUAUGUCGAUGUGCAAUAGCCUAUGGAUGUUUUUACUGUAAACGUGAUUGAAGCUGAGUGCCACAGUUUUAUAUCAAGCUUGAGUAGAUGAAAAUGCCAGAGUCUGGGCUGGAGCUGAAGCUCCAUAGCCCUGCUGGAGCGGAGCCAGCUAUAUUUACCUGGCCUUUACCCACAAGUACAACGAAGAAAGGGAAGGAGCAUGAUGGAGCAAUGGAGAUUGUUGAGACCAUCAGAUUUGUAUGUAAUGACAUUCCUGAGCUACAAAUGGCUAUGGAAAUGAAUGUUCUGAAUGGUCAUAACACCAAAAGUUAUGAAAGCAUGAAACUAUUAUGUGAUCGAUACAAUAGAGCAAUUGAUAGCAUACUUCAACUGGAGCGCGGCACAUCGCGGCCGGCCCAGCGGCUUAACAAGCGCCCGGGGAUGGCUCUGCUGCGGCACAUCAUCCAGCAGGUGUAUAACCAGGCGGUGGAGGACCCCGACCGGCUGAAUCAGUACGAGCCCUUCUCGCCAGAGGUGUACGGCGAGACGUCGUUCGAUCUGAUCUGUCAGAUGAUCGAGCAGCGUCCACUGACCGAGUCGGAUGUGUUCAUCGACCUGGGCUCGGGCGUGGGCCAGGUGGUGCUCCAGAUGGCCGCCGCCACCGAGUGUCGGCUCUGCGUCGGCAUCGAGAAGGCCGAGACGCCCUGCCGAUACGCCAAGGAACUGGAUAAGAACUUUCGUCGGUGGAUGCGCUGGUACGGCAAGAAGCACAGCGAGUACCAGCUGAUCGAGGGCGACUUCCUGAAGCCGGAGCACCGCGAGAAGAUCACCUCCGCCAACCUGGUGUUCGUCAACAACUUCGCGUUCGGCCCCACCGUCGACCACCACCUGAAGACCAUCUUCCAGGACCUGAAGGACGGCGCGCGCAUCGUCUCCUCCAAGGCGUUCUGUCCGCAGAACUUCCGCAUGUCCGACCGAAACCUCAGCGAUAUCGGUACGAUUAUGCACGUUACCGAACUGGACCCGCUGCACGGCUCUGUCUCGUGGACCGGAAAACCCGUCUCCUACUUCAUGCAUGAGAUCGACAGGACCAAGCUGGAGCGCUACUUCUCCAAACUCAAAAACCCACUCACACGGGACGACGACUCUGGCGGCUCGUCGGGCCGCAGCAGCCGCUCGACCAGCCGCCGCUCCGACACCAAGUCUCUGCUAAUCGACUCGAGCAGUGGCGGCGACUCGGACGCCCGCGACGCUGCUAAGGAAAGGAAGCCGAAGCGGCGGCUGACCAGGAAGCUGCCGCGCGCGAGGCCGCAGGUACGCGCCGCGGCUGCAGCGGCCGCCGCCUCUGCGGCCGCAGCCGCCGCAGCUGCCGCCGUCAUGCCGACUGUGCCGCUCAAGCGAGCCGCUCCCGGCAAAGGCAAGAAGCCCGGCCGGAAGCGCAAGUACAACAUCUCCGGGCUGGAUGUGCUGCACGACGAGACACUGCGCAGCACCACCAGUCUCGUGACGGCGCCGGAGCAGGUGGCGCCCGGCACGGUGGACCAGAAGCUCUCCUCGGUGGCGGUGGGCGCCGUGCUCAGCCACGACGAGCUGCCGCCCGAGAUCACCGCUGGCGAGGUGCCCUACGGCCUGCAGCUGCUGCUCGACAGCAUCCGACAGCAGUACAUGCAGUUCAUCAAACACAUGCAGACACACGAGUUCCGGCUAUCCGUCGAGAGGGACAUCGAACAGGAGCGGGUGCGGCAGCGCGAGCUGAAGGGCCGCACCAGCCAGUUGGAGGCCCAGAUCGACCACCUGAAGGCCGAGAGCCUCGGCUUCCUGAAGCAGCGCAUCGCCGAGCUCGGCAUCGAGGCCAACAAGCCCGAGGAGCUGAUUGUGAAGGCCAAGGAGAUUGUGAUGAAGCACCGCGAGCUGCAGGAGCGCACCGCCGCCAUGGAGUCCGAGGUCGCCACCAUGGAACACCAUCAGCAGCAGCAGAUUCAGCUCCAACAACAACAGCAGCAGCAGCAGCAGCAGCAGCAGCAGCAGUUGCUCCUGCAGCAGCAGCAGCGGCAGCGCUACCCGUCUCAGCCGGAGGUGGAGCGGCCGCCGCCGCCGCCGCCUGCUCUGCCGCAGCAGCCGCCGCCGCCGGCCGGCAAGGAAGGCGCCGUCACCCAGGAGAUGGUGAUGCAGGAGAUAUCGCGCACGUUUGCCGCCCGGCGCCGGGUGCAGGGCGAGAUCCGCCAGCUGGAGACCGAGGUGCAGAUGCUGGAGCGCGCCGCCGCCGAGAAGCAGGCCGCCGCGGCCGCUGCCGCCCAGCAGCAGCAGCUGCAGCUGGCCGCCACGCCGCCCGCGGCCCAGCACCAGGCGCUGGCGCCGCCCGUGUCAGCCGCCGCCGGCCACGGCGGUCAGAAGGCGCGCCACAAGAGCCGGAACCAGGAGUGGCCCAAGGUGCCAGACAUCGGCAAAAUCCACGAGAAGAACCCCGAGCUGCUGGCGCGCAAGAUCCUGGAGACGGGCCGCCAGAUCGAGGCCGGCAAGAUCCCAGUGAUCCGCAGCUCGCCGGUGCCGGUCCAGGAGGUGCCGCGCGCGCCGGCCGCGCCGCCGGCCCGCCGCGAGCCAGAGCGGCGCGGCCCGCCGCCACAGCGCGUCCACGAGCCGCCCAAGGUCAACAACUUCGAGGACCGGCUCAAGAGCAUGAUCACCUGCUUCCUGAACGAGGACAAGCCGGCCGAGGAGGGCGGCUACCGCGGCGGCGCGGCGGCGACCGACGAGGGCGGCCCGCGGCCGUUCGGCCGUCUGCCGGCGGCCGCUCACCUGCCCGACUACACGCAGUUCUCGCCUGCCAAGCUGGCGCUGCGCCGCCACCUCUCCCAGGAGCGGCUGGGCUCGGAGGCCGAGCCGCCUGUCCACGUCUCGCAGCGCAGCAUCAUCGACGCCGCCGUCGACAUGAGCUUCGGCGGUGGCGGCGGCGGUGGGCCGGCGGUGGGCACACUCACCUCGCGCGCCAUCGAGGAGGGUGUGCGCGGCACCGGCGCCGGCCGGCCGCCGGUCGAGCAGCGCCGCGUCGUAGCGCCGCCGGCCUACUCGCCCAUCUCGCGACCGGGCAGCACCGAGGCCGCCUCUGUGCAGCUGGAGGGCCUGGCCGACCCGGCCCACUUCCGCGAGCUGAGCCGCGCCUCGCCGGCGGCGCCGUCGGCGCCCUCCCCGGCGGCCUACCUGCCGCGCGCCCGGCCGCCGUCCGGCCCGCCGGCGGCCGCGGCGGCCGUGUCCAGCGCCGCCCUGCCGGACGGCCUGGCCGGCCUGCCCAUGGAGGGCCUGGCCGCCUCGCUGCAUGCCCGGUACGUGCGGGACGAGCCGAGCGGCGUGAAGCGGCCGGCCGGCGCGCCCAGCACCCCGGAGCCGGGCCCGUCGGCCGGCAAACGGGGCCGGCCAGAGGAGCGGUCCGCGCCCGGCGCCCACCACCGGCCGCACGACUCAGACCGCUCCCAGUCGCCGAGCGCCGCGCAAAAGGACAUCAACAUGGACUUUGAGCGCAUCUUCGCCGUGGCCGACGAGAUCAAGCGGCGCAAGUCGACGGACGGCGCGUCGCCGCGCUCUGCGGGCGUGUCGCCGCGCUCGACGGCCCUGUCGCCGCCGCGCGCCGCGCCCUCGGUGUCGGCGGCGACCGCCUCGUCCUCGGCCGGCCACGACCUCACCAUGGCGCUCAAGUUCAAACGCUCGCUGCCGAGCCGCGCCGAGACGCCCGAGCUGCCGUCUGCCGGCGGCGGCGGGGAGGACGACUCGCACCAGUACGACCACCACUUCCGUAAGAAGUUUCCGCACUGCCAGAGCCGCUACUGGCCGCGGCCGGGCGCCGCCGGCGGCGGCGGCCACUCGGUGACGCUGCCCACCAUGGCGCCGCUGCCCAGCUUCGGCUCACAGCUGGGCGCCGAGCUGCCGCACGUCAGCCGCGCGGACGGUAUCUCCAGCGGCCGGCCGGCGCAGUGAACCUCCCCGGCUAUGGGACGGCUGACGCCACUCUUCUGCGCGGUACGUAUCAACGAUGAAUAAGGUGUGGAACCACGCCGGUGGACCACCUCGCCAAGGGCGUGCGACUCGGGCUGGUCCCGCUCGGAAAUAAGCGGACCGAGCUGUUUGGGUCCGCGCGCCAGUGGUCUGCUCGGUCGGGCGGUGGCGCGGUCCCCGGGCGGGUCUAUCUGUCCGCGGGGACGGAGCCGCGGCCGCCCGCUACUCACUGCCACUCUGUUACUGGUGCGGUCGGCCGGCCGGCCGGCGUCCGGUCGCACCGGCCGGCAGCCCGGCCCCUGCGCGACGGAAGAAUGGCAGAACGCAUGCUGUACAGUGCGAAUCGACUGUAUGAAGUUAUGCAAGGCACGAUGCAUUAUAUGACGCAUGAAUUGCGGCCGGUGAAUAUGCGGGUCUGACUGGCAGCCAGUGUGCGCGCCGCUCGUCGCGGGCGCGUCGGCGGCGCGUGGAUGGAUGUCGGCGCUCGCAGUGUUUUUUACCUCGGUGUCGCGCUCCCCUCGUUUUUCGUUACCUCAACGCUGUUGAUUUGGGCGCUGGUCUUCGCGAAGCGCCACCUGCGGCAUUGUCUCUGUUGCCAACUUUCGGUUCAAAUACGGCAUUAGCGGUUGGUUUUCGACGUGUCCCCGGGCGUGGCGUGUUUUGGGCGGCCGGCGGCGGUGUAGUGUCGUGGGCGCGGCUCUCGCUCGGUGGCCGACCGGUGUGUGUCCCGGACCGCCCGGUCGGUCGGUGUAGUGUCGUGGGCGCGGCUCUCGCUCGGUGGCCGACCGUGUGUGUGUGUCCCGGACCGCCCGGUCGGUGAGUGUAGUGUCGAGAGCCGGCCGCCCGGUCUCGGUACGGGCGGCGACUCCGCCGGCGGCGCCGAGUAGCGGAGGUCGGCCAGGGUCAGAGAAGCGCACCGCCGGCUCUGCCCUGCCCCGACUCCGGGGAGAGGGCGAGGGCGCGCUGUCCGCCGCGUCUCACCGGCUGUUGUGUGGCCAGACUCGAUUGCGGGCUUCAUCUGUUGUGUGGCCAGACUCGAUGGUGCGCGCACAUCAUCUGCCGGCCGCCGCGCUGAGCCGGCGCCCAUCGGUUGGUUUGCUCAGCCGCGCGACACACACGUCUACUAACAGUACAAAAUCCAUCGGCGGCGGGAGGGCGGGCGCGCGGCUCUUUUGUUGCAAUCGUAGCUCGGUGCGGUGAUUCGGGACGGCGAAAUGGGGGCGUGAAUUUUAGCGCAUUGACCUCUCCACCACUGCCAGGCGGCGAGACGUCCGUUCGCGCCAUUUGUUGUUUAUAUAUUGAUGUACCAUUUGUGGAUAAAUAAAGUACCAUCCAGCCGAUCGA